ACUUUUCUUGAUUUUUUUUAAAAAUACCAUUGACAACACUGGUUUCAACAAGUUAAAUUCUAGAUAAUAAAAUUAUAGAUCUAGAUCUAAAAUCUAGACUAUAAACACUACAGAGUAACAGUCACAGUGUAUUGUUUUUGGUAAUUCCAAAGUUAUGGCUGAUCCACGGAUAAAGCAAAUAAAAAUUAAAACUGGCGUAGUGAAAAGGUUAACAAAAGAAAAAGAAAGUUAUGAAAAGGAAGCUGUGCAACUGGAAGAAAAGCUUGAAAAGAUGAAAGCAGACGGUAAAGAUGAACAUGAUAUUAGAAAGCAGGGUGAAGUGCUUCAGGAAUCCAGAUCAAUGGUACCAGACACAGUUAGAAGACUUAAGAAAGCAUAUGCUGAACUAGAAGAAUUAUUAGAAAAAGAGUCUGAUCUUUCUGAAGUAGAAGAAUUUACACAAGCUAAGGAGGCCCUUAAGUUGGCAGAGCCUAUUGUUGCAUAAAAUUAUUUUAACAAUAGCUUUUUUUUUAUAAUUAUUGUUUUACUUAAAAAAUUAAUUUAAGCAUAUAUAUAUGCUCUCUGGAUUUUUUUUAUUUAUUGAUUUAUGCUUUAAAAAUGAUUAUAUUAGACUGGUCUGUGUUCUCUUAAAUGUUUAUAUUACUGUUUAAACUUACAUUUGUAUGAUUUUGUAAUAACCGUGAUAUAGACACUCAUUUAAUACAUUUAUUUUAGCUUAACAUCUUCUUCGCAUCCAUUGCGUUUUCAAAAUUAGUGUUUCUCAACAUUUCUUUUUAGUACCCACUUCUUUCAUGUUUUAAUAGUUAAUAGGGUUGAUAAAAAAAAGUUAGACUAAGUUACAGUAUUCUUAGGUACUAAAUAUAAUUUCUAAGGGUUUUUUUUUCAACUGAUAUACUUUUUUAUAAUUCUCUAUUGGCUAUAGUCGAUUGAAGUAAAAUUAAUUAUUCAUGAAAAAAAAUGUUUAUAAAAUUCUUAUUUUGCAAAAUUUCUUCUCAGUAUUCCCACCUUUCUUUCCCUAAAAUUAUGUUUGCCCAAACUUGAGAAAUGCUUUACUAAGCAAUUGUCAAUAAAUUACUGAGCUAAAUGAAUCUGUUUUUACUUUAAACAGUGCAUACAUGUUGUUGAUGGCUUAAAGUUGUUUUGCUUUUUUUAUUAAUUACAUUUAAUAGGAAAUAUAUUUCUUUGUUAUAAAAGACUUGUAAAUACAUUCACGUAAAAUACAUUUUUUUUUUAAUUUUCA